AUGAACAGCGGUGGGGAGGUCAGUGAACGCGGAGGAUUGCCAGAUCCCGUGAUCGGAACUAUGUAUAGCUCGACUACCCUGCGGGAGGUGACAGUGGUGGAUGGUGUUCAACUAAUAAUAGCCUCCCCUCCAGCGCGCGAUCAUUGGAACGCUGACGGGAGCGCGCACAUGUGGCGCCCGUCGCCGUCGUACUCGGCGUGCACGUUUAUUUUCGAAGCGGUCGUCACGCGGCGCGGUUCACGGUGUUCCUUACAUAAGAGCCGGCCUCCGGCGAGGUUCAGACGUGCACUUCGGCCAGUCCUCGCACGCUGCAGGUCGCUGCACGUUCGGGUAACCGAUCCGAUGGACGCUCGCCGCCGGUUCUAUUUCGGGAAAAUACAAAUUUGGAAUGGAUGGUACUCCCGAGUCGUAAGCGAACUCCGCCGGUUGACUCCAUUUUUAGAGCUGGUCUGCGCGUGCGCAGCGAUCGCGCUGCCAGUGCUUAGCGAGCAGCCAUCACGCCGUGUCGCUCGCCACCCCCACGUUGUCGCAGUGUCGCGCCGUGCUGCCAGCAAUACCAUCACCAAGAGAUGGCGUGACGCACUAAGCCUCGACUGA